AUGCGACGUAUCGUCCGCCGUGUUGGCGGUGGUAAGACGGACGGCAUGCUCACUGCGGGAAUUGACAAGGUGUUGCGUGUGGGGAUAGGUAGGUACACAGGUAGCCGCAUAAUGUAUGCACGGAUAGGUAAGAUCUAAACUGGAGAUUUUAAUGCAGGCGCCUAUGGAGUAAAAAAAAACAAAUGGCAGAUUGGUUUCGGUAUAAGAACCAAGGCGCAGGUUCUGGGUCUGCCUAUAGACGCUUAUAUGACAUAACGUUAUUUUCUUCAAAAUCUAAGCAAGCCGUUCAGAUAUUUUUAAAAUCGAGUAGUCCUCUGACGGCCGUGGCACCAGAUAAAUAUGUACCCGCAUUUCGAUAAUCAAAGUUGACACACUAACCAACACUCAUGCUGUCUACUCGUAUUUGCAAAAAAAAAGACCCAAAAUUGUAUUUAUUUAAAAUGUAAAAUCGACCAUACAUCUCUUGCAAAAGUGCGUCAUGUACGUGUCUAUCAUUAGAGCAUGUAGUCGCAGAUGACUCAGCGAAGUCUCACUUAGUGUGCAUGUUAUUCCGCUGCAAGUUUCCCUGAAAGGAGACAAUAAUAUCAGGUUACAUAGAGAAAUGAUCCGCAUAUUAUGAACCGCAGGUAUAAAUUUAAAGCAUCCAUGAAAGCAGAGACGUUGAGGAAAGGUGAUCCAACGAAAGGCCAGAUGUUCCUAACUCCUCGGAUUUUAAUAAGGAGCUCUGGUUUGGUAUGCAGUUGCUGACAUUUUAAUGUCUCACUCACAGUUGAAAAGGUCUUUUCCAGGUUAUAGAAGAAAAGUAGACAUCCGACUCGGUCUCAUGGGCAACUUUAAACAUACAGGAUUGGAUAAAUGUUGCCUGUGUAUGCAAAAAAUCCAUAAAGCAAAUGUCCCACUUCGGCCAAUCGUUGCCCUAAAAGGCAGCCCCACCUACAAGUUGGCAAAGUGGAUGUACACCAAACUGAAGUUCCUUAAAGGCCAUCCUACUACCUCAGUUCGAUCGGCCUCUCAAUUCCUCAUAGACCUCCGAGGUCGGAGGAUUCAAUCGAGCGAAAUCAUGGUCUCCUUCUAUGUGACGUCGUUAUUCACAUCCAUCCCACCAAACUUUGCCCGCGAAAUCUUGCGCAAGAGACAUGAAGAGGCGUACGAUGAGACUGAGAAUGCCAUCAAAAUUAAACACCUCAUGAGGCUGUUUGAAUUCUGCCAACAAACUUUCUUCCCUUUUGCGGGAGAGACCUAUGAACAAAUCAAGGGAACCCCAAUGGGCUCACCGGUCUCCGGUUUGGUGGCAGAACUGGUCCUACAGGAGUUAGAAAAGAUUGCCUUCCUCCAACACGAACCGGUGUUUUGGCGCUACGUUGACGACACGUUAGUCAUCGUAAAGAAGGACAUGCUACAGCAUUUCACAACCUGCUCAGCGCAGGCUUUCCUGAUAUAA